CUUCCUGGACUGGGGAUCCCGGCUAAAUAUAGCUGUUUCUGUCUUACAACACAGGCUCCAGUAUAUAAAUCAGGCAAAUUCCCCAUUUGAGCAUGAACCUCUGAAAACUGCCGGCAUCUGAGGUUUCCUCCAAGGCCCUCUGAAGUGCAGCCCAUAAUGAAGGUCUUGGCGGCAGGAGUUGUGCCCCUGCUGCUGGUUCUGCACUGGAGACAUGGGGCAGGGAGCCCCCUCCCCAUCACCCCUGUCAACGCCACCUGUGCCAUACGCCACCCAUGUCACAACAACCUCAUGAACCAGAUCAGGAGCCAACUGGCACAGCUCAAUGGCAGUGCCAAUGCCCUCUUUAUUCUCUAUUACACAGCCCAGGGGGAGCCGUUCCCCAACAACCUGGACAAGCUGUGCGGCCCCAACGUGACGGACUUCCCGCCCUUCCACGCCAACGGCACGGAGAAGGCCAAGCUGGUGGAGCUGUACCGCAUAGUCGUGUACCUCGGCACCUCCCUGGGCAACAUCACCCGGGACCAGAAGAUCCUCAACCCCAGUGCCCUCAGCCUCCAUAGCAAGCUCAACGCCACUGCUGACAUCCUGCGAGGCCUCCUUAGCAACGUGUUGUGCCGCCUGUGCAGCAAGUACCACGUGGGCCAUGUGGACGUGACCUAUGGCCCUGACACCUCGGGUAAGGACGUCUUCCAGAAGAAGAAGCUGGGCUGUCAACUCCUGGGGAAGUAUAAGGAGACCAUCGCCGUGUUGGCCCAGGCCUUCUAGCAAGAGGUCUUGAAGCGUGCUGUGAACCAAAGGAUCUCAGGAGUGAGGUCCAGAUGUGGAGGCCUGUCCUAGAGUGGCUGGGGCCCAGGGCAUGGCUAAACCCAAAUGGGGGCUGCUGGCAGACCCCGAGGGUGCCUGGCCAGUCCACUCCCCUCUGGGCUGGGCUGUGAUGAAGUUGAGCAGAGUGGAAACUUCCAUAGGGAGGGAGCUAGAAGAAGGUGCCCCUUCCUCUGGGAGAUUGUGGACUGGGGAGCGUGGGCUGGACUUCUGCCUCCACUUGUCCCUUUGGCUUCUUGCUCACUUUGUGCAGUGGGCAAACUACACAGUCAUCUACAAUAGCCCUGACCACAGCGAGACAGCAGGGCCCCGGGGAGUGGACCAGCCCCUGACAAAUGAUCACCAUCUGUGCCUUUGCUGCCCCUUAGGUUGGGACUCAGGUGAGCCAGAGGGGCUAGGGUCCCAAAGGACUCCUUGUCCCCUAGAAGUUUGAUGAGUGGAAGAUAGAGAGGGGCCUCUGGGAUGGGAGGCUGUCUUCUUUUGAGGAUGAUCAGAGAACUUGGGCAUAGGAACAGUCAGGCAGAAGUUUCCAGAAGGAGGUCACUUGGCAUUCAGGCUCUUGGGGAGGCAAAGAAGCCACCUUCAGGCCUGGGAAGUAAGACGCUAGGAGGAGGAAAGGCCCCGAAAGUUUUGGUGGGUUCUUCCUUCUCUUCCUCGUGAUCUUCCUUACAGCCUGGGAUGGCCAGGGUCUGGUGGCUGAACCAGCAGCAGGGGUUUGUGGAGGUGGGUAGGGCAGGGGCAGGUUGCUAAGUCAGGUGCAGAGGUUCUGAAGGACCCAGGGUCUUCCUCUGGGUAAGAGUCUGUAAGGACGGGCUAGAGUAGCUCAGAGUAGCAGCUCACAUCUGAGGCCCUGGGAGGCCUUGUGAGGUCACACAGAGGUACUUGAGGGGGACCGGAGGCCUUCUCUGGUCCCCAGGGCAAAGGGACAGCAGAACUUGAGGUCAGGGUCUCAGGGAACCCUGAGCUUCAAGCGUGCUGUGCGUCUGACCCGGAAUGAUUUCUAUUUAUUAUGAUAUCCUAUUUAUAUUAACUUAUUGGUGCUUUCAGUGGCAAAGUUAAUUCCCCUUUCCCUGGUCCUUACUCAGCAAAAUAUGAUGAUGGCUCCCGACACAAGCGCCAGGGCCAGGGCUUAGCAGGGCCUGGUCUGAAAGUCGACAAUGUUAUAAGUGGAAUAAGCCUUAUAGGUGAAGCUCAGAAAAGGGUCGGAUCUGAGAGAAUGGGGAGGCCUGAGUGGGAGUGCGGGGCCUGGCUCCACCCCCAUCCCCUACUGUGACUUGCUUUGGGGUGUCAGGGUCCAGGCUGCAGGGGCUGGGCCAGUUUGUGGAGAGGCCGGGUGCCUUUCUGUCUUGGUUCCAGGGGGCUGGUUCACACUGUUCUCGGGCGCCCCAGCGUUGUGUUGCAAGGAGCACUGCUCCUGGUUGAAAUUGUGUCCCCUGGAGCAGUGGGCAAGACAGUCCUUGUGGCCCACCCUGUCCCUGUUUCUGUGUCCCCAUGUUGCCUCUGAAAUAGUGCCCUGGAACAAUCCUGCCCCAGCACCCAGCGUGCUCCCACGCAGCAGGGAAGCUCCUCCGGUGGCCCGGACACCCAUAGAGGGUGGGGGGCCUGGCUGGGCCAGACCCCAGGAAGGUGGGGGAGACUGGGGGAUCAGCUGCCCACUGCUCCCAAGAGGAGGAGAGGGAGGCUGCAGACGCCUGGGACUCAGACCAGGAAGCUGUGGGCCCUCCUGCCCCACCCCCAUCCCACUCCCACCCAUGUCUGGGCUCCCAGGCAGGGAACCCGAUCUCUUUCUUUGUGCUGGGGCCAGGCGAGUGGAGAAACGCCCUCCAGUCUGAGAGCAGGGGAGGGAGGGAGGCAGCCGAAUCGGGGCAGCUGCUCAGAGCAGUGUUCUGGCUUCUUCUCAAACCCUGAGUGGGCUGCCGGCCUCCAAGUUCCUCUGACAAGAUGAUGGUACUAAUUAUGGUACUUUUCACUCACUUUGCACCUUUCCCUGUCGCUCUCUAAGCACUUUACCUGGAUGGCGCAUGGGCAGCGUGCAGGCAGGUCCUGAGGCCUGGGGUUGGGGCGGAGGGUGCGGCCGGGAGUUGUCCAUCUGUCUGUCCCAACGGCAAGAUGAGGAUGUGGCUGUUGAGAGUUUGGCCACACUCACCCUUGUCUAGGAUGCAGGGGCCGCCUUCCCCUUCCUGCUCCAUCUGGCUUAGCUUGGGGCAGGCUGCACUCCCCCAAGAUGGACUUCAAGAAAGACAAAUUUGCCUGGAAACCAGAGUUGCUGAUUCCACCCGGUGCGCCCGGCUGACUCGCCCAUCACCUCAUCUCCCUGUGGACUUGUGUGCUCUGUGCCGAGACCACCUGGCGGCCCUGGUGGCCCUGGCUCUGAGUCACUCUCCUGCCCAGCCUGGACUCGGACCCAUGGUACCCAUCCUCAGUGCUCCCUCCAGAUCCCAUCUGGCAGCUCGGCGUCCACUCUGCACAGCAUCACUGAAUCACGGAGCCUUUGCGUGAAACAGCUCUGCCGGACCAGGAGCUGAGUUCCUCUUCCCUUUUUAUCUGCUGGUGCGGAUCACACCUGGGCCUGGCCAGAGGAAGAGAGAGGGACAGUCAUUUUGUAGUUUACCAAGAGAGACGUCUCCAGCUCUGGGCCCUUAUUUAUUAUUUAAACAUUUUUUUAAAAAGCACUGCUAGUUUACUUGUCUCUCCUCCCCAUCGUCCCCAUUGUCCUCCUUGUCCCUGACUUGGGGCACUUCCACCCUGACCCAGCCAGUCCAGCUCUGCCUUGACGGCUCUCCAGAGUAGACAUAGUGUGUGGGGUUGGAGCUCUGGCACCCGGGGAGGUAGCGUUUCCCUGCAGAUGGUACAGAUGUUCCUGCCUUAGAAUCAUCUCUAGUUCCUCACCCCAGUCCCGGCAUCCAGCCUUCAGUCUCGCCCACGUGCUAGCUCCGUGGGCCCACCGUGCGGCCUUAGAGGUUUCCCUCCUUCCUUUCCACUGUAAAGCACUUGGCCUUGGGUGACAAAUUCCUCUUUGAUGAAUGUACCCUGUGGGGAUGUUUCAUACUGACAGAUUAUUUUUAUUUAUUCAAUGUCAUAUUUAAAAUAUUUAUUUUUUAUACCAAAUGAAUACUUUUUUUUUUAAGAAAAAAGAUAAAUGAAUAAAGAAUCUACUCUUGGUUGGC